AUGCAUCUCCGUCUAUCCUCCCUCCUGGGCCUCGGGCUCAGCCUCAGCUACCUCGCAACCGCCUCCCUGCUCACCAUCACCAUCCCUCCCUCGACAAACCUGCCCAACCCCCAUUCCCUCCCCGCAUCCACCCACGCCACUCUCACCACGCUACCUGCCCCCGGCGCCGGUGAUCGCGACCCGCCUCAUAUUCUAACCGCCUCGCUCACUCGCGGCGCCACCCUCGUCUUCCGCGAUCUCCCCGCCGGUCAUCCCGAGACAUAUCUGUUGGACAUCCGCGCCGGCGAGUAUGUCUUUGCGCCGUAUCGGGUCGAUGUCGCCGCGGAUGGCUCGGUGACAGGGAUCUGGGAGACCUUCCGCGGGAAUCCGUGGGAGAAUCGCGGAGCGCAAAAGUAUGUGGUGGAUGUGGUUGCCGGCGAGGAGAGGCGGCCCGAGACCGCCGGGGAGGAUGUCUUGGUUGAGGCGAAGUUGUUGGGGAAGAAGGCCUUUUAUGAGGAGCGUGCUUCAUUCUCCCCGUUAAGCCUUCUCAAGAACCCAAUGAUUCUCAUGGCCGUCGUCGCUCUCGUUCUCACUUUCGGCAUGCCCAAGUUGAUGGAAAACAUGGACCCCGAGAUGCGCGCUGAAUUCGAACAACAAUCUCGCUCUUCCCCGCUCACCGGCGCCACCAACAAUGCCAUCGCAGGCGGUGGCUUCGAUCUCGCCGGCUGGAUGGCGGGGACCGCCCCGAGUCCCAUGGCCGUUGCCCAGGCCCGUGAAGCCCAGGAACGCGAGAGUGCGUCGGGUCGAGAGGCGGCGGCGGCGGGGAACGUAAAAAAACGUGGUUGA